GAUUCCAGAGCAACGCUGCCACGUCGAAAUGUUUGAGCAUACAGGACUUGGUGCAAAUGUUGUGCACUCUUGUUUGAAAGAAGAGGGAAGAAUGAGAGGAGGGCGUGAUAUUACCUAUCACCAUUGUGGAUUAUAUAUAGGACAGGUGACAGCAAUGCGUGGAGAAGCUUGGUGGACUGUUGUAGGCUCCAUUAUCAAACCUGACCUGACUUUAUUAUCGGCACUGCUUAUCUCAUCUGACUUUGAAAGUAGGACAUUAAGGUGUGCCAGCAGGACACAACGGACUAAAAAAAAGUUUUAAUGGGAUACUCGUGCAGCGGCCAAAGGGAACAAACUGGUUUUAUAUGAAGUUUCUGUGAGGGUGAAGAGGGUCAAUGGGAGCUGGAGAGAGGCGUACAAGUUUGUCCCACAGGGAGAAAUGUUGUGUUCUCAGGAGGACCUGCUCCUCCGUGUGCGUGGCUACCGUCGGGUUCGUGUCAAUCCUGGGUGUCAGCCUGCUCUGGCUGCCGGAGCCGCGCAUCGUGGAUCCGCUUGUCUCAAAGGUCAACAGCCCGGUGACGAUCCUGAUAUGGACUCAGCCGUUCGGUCAUUACAGCAGCCUCCCGGACUGCUCUGAGCUCUAUCAGAUCGACCAGUGCACGCUCACCGACGACGCACGCGCGUACCUGCACGCUGACGCCGUGAUCGUGCACCACCGUGAGGUCGCCACCGGCAAAGCUGAUCUGCCACCGGAACCGCGGCCCCGUGCGCAAAAGUGGAUAUGGAUGAACUUCGAGUCGCCCACGCACACGCACAGGCUGAGGUAUUUUGAGGGUGUUUUCAACCUCACCAUGACCUACCGGACUGACUCUGAUAUAUUCGUGCCGUACGGGUAUCUUUUCAGAAACAAGGGUGUCCAAAAUCACUUUGUGCACCCGCUCCGCGUACCCACGCGCUCACGCCUCCACCGGCCCCGCCUCGUGGUCUGGGUCGUCAGUAAUUGGUCUGAGUCCCAUGCGCGCGUGGCCUUCUACUACAGUCUCAGCCGGUACAUCCGAGUGGAUGUGUUCGGGCGCGCGGGCCGGCCGGUGCCAAAGGACAGCACCGUGGUGCGGCUGGUCGAAAGGUACCAGUUCUACCUGGCGCUUGAGAACUCGCAGCACACCGACUACAUCACGGAGAAGUUGUGGAACGCAGUGCAGGCCGGUGCCAUCCCGGUGGUCCUGGGUCCGUCCAGACAGAACUACGAGCGCUUCCUGCCUCCGGAAGCCUUCAUCCACGUGGACGACUUCCCCACAGUGCGUGGGCUGGCACGGUACCUCAUGAUGCUGAGGCGCAACCCGGCUCGGCUGAGGCGGCACCUGAACUGGAGAGGGAGCUACAGCAUGCACCAGGCCAGCUUCUGGGCCGAACACUACUGCACGGCAUGCAAUGCGGUGAUGCGCAACAGAGGCAGGACUGAUGUGGUCCAACACUUGACAGGCUGGUUUGAAUCGUGAUAAACAUGCUGUAUCACCUCCAGCUGAUUGAACUGAGGCCAGAGCUGAUAGAUGAUUUGUAAACAGACUCACUGCAGCUGAUGAUUAUCAGCUGUCAAAGUUUACAAUAGAAAUCUAUUCAUUAUUGUCUGUUUAUUUGACUUUAAUCAUGAGGUAACUGAGAAUGUGAGAACUGAUUUUUUUAUGUACUGUUGUCAGAGUAGUUAUUUUUGCAGGUUUUUCUAUGGACUCAACAUUUAAUAGUGUUUUUAAAGCUGUAUUAAAGUUACACUUUGUAUUUUC